UUUGCCACAGUCUUGUAUCGAAGUUCGCAUGGAAGCAAACUACUCGAAUCGCUUUUACCCCGGGCAAAACAUGACGGACGAACAAUUUUGUCAAACAUUGCAUCCGGAACAUGCUGAUGUGCAGGCCUCUGACCCCCACGGCCAUAGCUAUCAAAAGUGUAAAAUAAAAUGUUGCUGGAAGCUAAACCUCGGAAGUGUCGAAGAACGAAAUGGCAUUGAUAUUGAUUUCAGCGCCUACGACAAUUACGAUUACGGAGAUCUCCAGGAGUGCCAGGAGCACAGCAUGCUGGAAGCAAUGCCGUGUGGAGAGGGCAAGACGUGCUGGCAAGGUGUUUGCGGAGAACACAAUUGGACCGAGAUAUACAACAAUUCGCAAACUUUCCGCACAUUUCAGGACCAGGUGUUUUACACACGGACGACGUAAGAUUGACUAACUAACUCUGCUUUUGCGAAUAGAAGCCUCAAAGAGUCAGAUCCCGCGGGAUGUUGAGUGCCGUACAAG